CCCGCCGGCGCGCUCCGCCCCUUUACUCCUGGCGGCUGGGCGAGCCGGGCGUCUGCUGCAGCGGCGGCGGCGGCGGCGGAGGAGGCCCGAGGAGACUUGGCGGCGGCGGGACCGGCAGCGGCAACAGCAGCUUCGGCAACAGCAGCGGCAGCAGCAGCAGCAGCAGCUCCAAGCCCCCGGUGCCACGGCGCUGUCGCACGAGCCUCCCGCCUCGCCGCCCUCGGCGCAGCCCGACCCCGCCGGCGAGUCUGCCCGCCGCCAGCGCCCCCAGACGUCCUCCGACUCGCCCUCGGCCUUCCACGCCCGCCGCAGCCACCGCCGCACCGCCACCCGCAGCCUCAGCCCCGGCCCGAGGCUCAGCCGCCGGCAGCAGCCCAGCCCCGGCCCCGGCCCCGGCCCCCGCUCGGGCCCCGCAGCCGACACCCCGGAGGUCGGGAUGCUCUUGUCUAAGAUCAACUCGCUCGCCCACCUGCGCGCCGCGCCCUGCAGCGACCUGCACGCUAGCAAGCUGGCGCCGGGCAAAGAGAAGGAGCCCCUGGAGUCGCAGUACCAGGUGGGCCCGCUCCUGGGCAGCGGCGGCUUCGGCUCCGUCUACUCCGGCAUCCGCGUCAGCGACAACUUGCCGGUGGCCAUCAAGCACGUGGAGAAGGACCGGAUUUCUGACUGGGGGGAGCUGCCCAAUGGCACCCGGGUGCCCAUGGAAGUGGUCCUGCUGAAGAAGGUGAGCUCGGGCUUCCCCGGCGUCAUCCGGCUCCUGGACUGGUUCGAGAGGCCGGACAGUUUCGUCCUGAUCCUCGAGAGGCCCGAGCCGGUGCAAGACCUCUUCGACUUUAUCACCGAGAGGGGGGCCCUGCAGGAGGAGCUGGCCCGCAGCUUCUUCUGGCAGGUGCUGGAGGCCGUGCGGCACUGCCACAACUGCGGGGUGCUCCACCGCGACAUCAAGGACGAGAACAUCCUCAUCGACCUCAGCCGCGGCGAGCUCAAGCUCAUCGACUUCGGGUCGGGAGCGCUGCUCAAGGACACGGUCUACACGGACUUCGACGGGACCCGAGUGUAUAGUCCUCCAGAGUGGAUCCGCUACCAUCGCUACCAUGGAAGGUCCGCUGCUGUGUGGUCUCUGGGGAUUCUGCUGUAUGAUAUGGUCUGUGGAGAUAUUCCCUUUGAGCAUGAUGAGGAGAUCAUCAGGGGCCAAGUUUUCUUCAGGCAGAGGGUCUCUUCAGAGUGUCAGCAUCUCAUUAAAUGGUGCUUAUCCCUGAGACCAUCAGACCGGCCAUCCUUUGAGGAAAUCCAGAACCAUCCAUGGAUGCAAGAUGUCCUCUUGCCCCAGGAAACUGCUGAGAUCCACCUCCACAGCCUGUUGCCAGGACCUAGCAAAUAGCAACUUUUCCAGCAGGUCCUCCCCUCCCUGCCAGAUGCUUCAGGGAGGGGAAGCUUCAGUUUCCAGCUUCCUGAGUACCAGUGACACUUCUCUUGCAAGCAGGACAAUGCUUGAUAUGGAACAACAUUUACAACUCAUUCCAGACCCCCCUCCCAGGCCCCUGGAGGCUGCCUCCCAAUAGUGGGAGGAAAGACUCCCCGUCUAGGCGCCUGGGGCCUCAACUCCUCCCCCCUACAUGCUCUCCUUAUCAUAGGUGUCCAAUGCUGGACUCGGCAAAGUCCUGGGGUGGGGGGUGGGAAUGGGUCAGAACCCUACCAUGGAACUGUCCCUUCAUCUCAGAGUUCUGCUGAAUGCCGUGAUGGGUUGGGUAGGGGGAAAACGGGUUGGGGUGGGAUAGGGCUAGCACCAUUUUUAAGUCCCUGUCACCUCUUCCGACUCUUCUGAGUGCCUUCUGUGGGGACUACGGCUGUGCUGGGAGAAAUACUUGAACUUGCCUCUUUUACCUGCUGCUUCUCCAAAAAUCUGCCUGGGUGUGGUUCCCUGUUUCUGUCCCCCCCCCCCCCAACCCCCUACCCCCCAUCCUUCAUAUGAAAGGUGCCAUGGAAGAGGCUACAGGGCCAAAACGCUGAGCCACCUGCCCUUCUGCCUCCUUAGUAAAACUCCCUCUAGUGAACUGGUCUUCCUUUUUGGUUUUUAUGUAACUGUUUCAAAGCCAAGACCACACACACACACACACACACACACACACACACACAAAUGCACAAACAAUGCAAAUCAACAGAAACUGUAAAUGUGUGUACAGUUGGCAUGGUAGUGUACAAAAAGAUUGUAGCUGAUCUGAUUUUUUUUUUUUUUUGCCUUUAAGUUAUUUUACCUUAAUUUUUUUUUUAAGGUGCGCAUCCUAACCUGGAGGUCAAUAUUAUGUAUUUAUUUAUUUAUUUAUUUGGUUCCCUUCUCCAAGCUUCCACAGCUGCUGCCAUAGUUUUCCUUUCCUAUUUUCCUCCUCUGUCUUGGGGUCCUUUUGGGUAGGGCUACGAUGCUUACUCUGUGGGGUGAUGGGACUCAGGAAGGACAGCUCCUGUAGCUCCCUGACCACCGAGGCCGCUCACCUGCUCGACCCAAGUAGAUGUGGGGCUCUGCGGGGUGAUGAGGGACGUUGCUGACUUGUGUAUAUAGCAUAGAUAUAUGAAAGGCAGUUCUGGAUGGUGUGCCUUCCAGAUCCUCUCUGGGGCUGUUUGAGCAGCAUGUAGCCUGCUGGUUUUAGCCGAGUGAAAUACUGUACAGGGGAAUAAAAGAGAUCUUAUUGUUAUUAUUUUUUUUUAUAAUUGAUGUUUUUGAAUAAAAACCUUUUGUCUUAA